AUGGCAUCAUCCACCGUCACACCUGUUGCUAUCAUCGGAUAUGCAUGCCGAUUGCCUGGAGACGUAUCAUCUCCAGAAGACCUCUGGGAGUUGUGCUCACGAGGACGUACGGGCUGGGGACCUACCCCUUCUACACGCUACUCCAAAGAUGCAUACUACCAUCCAGCACCUGGAAAGCAUGGCUGUACUAAUACAGAGGGAGGUUACUUCCUUCAAGAAGAUCCCGCUAAAUUUGAUGCCCCUUUCUUCAACAUGACAGUCCAAGAAGCUACCGCACUUGACCCUCAACAACGCCUGCUCCUUGAGUGCACUUUCGAAGCUUUCGAGAGUGCUGGCAUGACCAAAGAAGGGGUUGCUGGUAAAGAUAUCGGUGUCUUUGCUGGUGGCUCCUUCGCAGACUACGAAGUCAACAACACUAGAGACAUUGAUACCGCUCCAACAUAUCAAGCAACUGGCUGUGCACCUGCUAUGCAGUCCAAUCGUCUCUCAUACUACUUUGAUCUUCGAGGUCCCAGUAUGACCAUCGACACAGCAUGCUCAUCCUCUCUAGUGGCACUACACAGCGCCAUGCAGAGUCUGCGUAGUGGAGAGUCUUCCUCUGCUGUGGUCGCUGCAGCUCACCUCAAUUUAACGCCAGACUUCUUUGUGACGAUGUCAAACACACAGUUGCUAAACGAUGCUGGUAAGACAUUCGCCUUUGAUCAUCGAGCAAUCUCUGGAUUUGCGCGUGGUGAAGGUGCAGGUUCAAUUAUUUUGAAGCCACUUGACGCUGCCAUUCGUGACGGCGACAUUAUCCGUGCCGUCAUCCACGGGUCAGGUUGCAACCAGGAUGGAAAAACAAACGGAAUCACGGUCCCCAACGGCACUGCUCAAUCAGACUUAAUCACACAGGUGUAUGCGAAGGCAGGACUUGAUCCUGCCGAGUGCGGUUUCAGCGAAUGUCACGGUACCGGCACCAAGGUCGGCGAUCCUAUCGAAGUUGCUGGCAUACACGAAGCACUAGGUGCUGGUCGUAGUCCCAGAAAUCCACUUUUUAUCGGCUCAGUGAAGAGUAAUGUCGGCCAUCUUGAGGGUGCCAGCGGUAUCGUUGCGGUCAUCAAAGCUGCCAUGAUGCUGGAAAAGGGUAUGCUCUUGCCUAACGCGAACUUCGAGAAGCCGAAUCCCAGCAUUCCGCUUGAUCAGUACAAUAUGAAGGUCCCGACCGCUACCAGACCAUGGCCACGAGGCAAGAAAUAUGUCUCGGUAUCCAAUUAUGGCUUUGGUGGAGCUAACGCUCAUGUUGUCUUGGGUGCCGCGCCCAAAGGGCUCAAAACCACCAUGGCCACAGUCGCCUCUUUGGAUGAGGCACCACAGGACCCACUGUGCAAGUUGUUCGUUUUGUCUGCACAUGACUCUGCAGCAUUGCAGAAAAAGAUCACCGACCUUGGCAUCUUCCUUGAGCAGCGACCAGAAGUCUUCGAGAAACUACUUGCAGGCAACGUAGCCUACACUCUCGGUGAGAGACGUUCUCACUUGCCCUGCCGACUUGCUAUUCCGGCAACUUCUUCGGAUGAUUUGGGUCAUGGCCUUGCAACAGCGAAGGUUCCCACUUUCAGAGCUCGCAAUGAACCUACUCUGGGCUUCGUAUUUACCGGGCAGGGUGCCCAAUGGGCUGCCAUGGGCGCUGAGCUGGCUCGCGACUAUCCCAUCUUUGCAACUGCACUGGAUGCAGCUGACAAUACCCUGAAGGCUGUCGGAGCAGACUUCUCUCUGAAGGAAGAGAUGGCGAAGCCCGCUGAUUCAUCCCUCAUCAAUGCUGCUCACAUCAGUCAGCCUGCCUGUACAGCUUUGCAGAUUGCUCUCACUAUGCUUCUCAGCUCAUGGGGUGUACACCCGUCCGCUGUAGUCGGCCAUUCAUCAGGCGAGAUUGGCUGUGCAUUCGCUGCUGGCAUCAUUGGUCUUGAGGAUGCGAUGAAGAUCGCUUACUACAGAGGUCAAUGCAUGCUUAGUCUCAAGAAAAAGUCUGCAGGCAGGCCACAAGGUACAAUGAUGGCUGUCGGCGCCAGCGUUGAAAAUGUACGGCCCUAUCUUGAGAAUGUCACCAAGGGCUAUGUCACUGUCGCCUGCAUCAACAGUCCUUCUUCAGUCACUCUGUCUGGUGAUAUCGAGGCUGUUGAGGAGCUUCAGCCUAUCCUGACAGAGAAGAGUAUCUUCAAUAGACAGCUCAAGGUUGGAGUCGCGUAUCACUCCGCACAUCUCGAGCCGGUUGCCGACGAGUACCUUGACUUGAUUAAGAAUAUUCAGCCAGCCACUACGGCUACUGCCACUUUCUACUCAUCUUUGCUUGGACGAGUUGCCGAGCCCUCUGAACUCACUCCUGACUACUGGGUUCAGAAUCUGACCUCGCCUGUCAGAUUCUCUGAUGCUCUUAGUGCUAUGGCAAAGGAGACCGGGUCUAAGGUCAUCGAUCACCUGGUCGAGCUCGGCCCUCACUCGGCUCUUCAAGGUCCCAUCAGAGAUACAUUAGCCACCAUCGAUGCUGCAAAGGGCAAGAUGCAGUAUGUCUCUGUUCUUGCAAGAAACCAGAACGCUUGCGAAACUGCUCUGCGAAUGGCAGGUGCUCUCUACAUGAAAGGUCUACCAUUGACAUUCGGCGAGAUCAACUUCCCUCGCACUAAGAGUAUCAAUCAGAAGCUCAUUACAGACCUUCCGAGAUAUCCUUUCAACCACGAGACCAGAUAUUGGCACGAGUCUAGGCUCGCUCAGAAGCAUUGCUUCAAGCAGGGUACACGCAAUGAUAUCCUGGGAUCAUUGGCUGAUUGGUCUAACGACCUUGAGCCUACGUGGAGGAACAUCGUUCGCUUGGAUGAUUUGCCAUUCCUCCGUGGCCACAAGAUGCAGUCCAUGCCUGUCUUCCCUAUGGCAGGCUACAUAGGUAUGGCUCUUGAGGCUGCUGCCAGACGUGCGGAGGCUCGUGGUGUCCAAUUCGAUCGCUUCGACAUUCGCGAGUUCAUUGUAAGCAGCGCAUUGGUUCUUAAUGAGGACACUGACGUUGAGAUGACCAUCACUCUCAAGCCGUACAGUGAAGGACUUCGUGGUGCAGCUUCUGACCUGUGGGAUGAUUUCAAGAUUUGCUCUUGGGACGCGAAGCGUGGUUGGCUCCAGCACUGCCAUGGUCUUGUCGGAGUCCGAAGCUCCCCAGCUGUCAACUCUGUUGAUGCGCAUAAAGCACAGAGUGCCACAAAAGCGUUCGAGACUCGCAAGGCUGCCAUCGUUGAAGCAUCCACAGAUACUGUUGAUGUUAAGGAUAUGUACGAGACACUUACUGCUAUCGGUGCUGAGUACGGACCAGUCUUCACCGGUCUUGAACCUUGCAAAGCUAGCGACUCUACCGCUCAUGCUGAGCUCAUUGUCCCGGACACCAAGUCGUUGAUGCCCAAAGGGUAUGAGACCGAUCUCAUUGUACAUCCCGCGCUUCUUGAUCAGAUCAUCCAGAUCGUCUGGCCCAUAUUUGGUGCUGGUCGUCAAGGGCUGGACACUCUCUAUAUGCCUACAUUCGUCAAGAAUUUCAGCAUCUCUCGCAAUUUCUCUACCAAGCUCGGCAGCAAACUUGAGGUGUAUGGCUCAGGUGCACCUAACAAAGGGGCUCCCGAGCCUACAAAGUUCGGCUUCUUUGUGGUAGAUCCUGCUAACGCCAAUGAGUCACUAGUUCAAUUCGAAGGCCUGACAAUGACUCCUCUUCGCGAAUCGAGCAGCAACUCUGGACCUCAGGCCCGCGAGCUUUGCUACAAGAUUGAUUGGAAAGUUGUGUCAGACGAAGAGAGUGAGCUGGAGAGGUCCACAUCUGAUGUGUCUGAUACUCCAAUCAAGGCCGACUCUCUCGUCAGCACCCCGUUCAACAGGGAUGAAGCUGUCUGUGUUGUUUACAACGAGUCCAACGAGAAGGCUUUGGCAACUGAAAUCGCCGACACUAUCUGGAAGACAUCUGGUACCCAAGCUGAAGUUUUGACCCUCUCGAAGGUCGCAGCAGCCGACAAACGAGUCAUCUUUGUGUCUACCGCAGAGAACAUUCUGAGUCAGAUUAAUCCUGUUGUGUUCGAAUCUCUGCGUCAGAUGUUGCUCUCCGCUCGCAAAGUCCUCUGGGUGUACAAAGAAGGUCCCAAUGACAUUGAUGUAGAGGGCAGCAUGGUCGUCGGUUUCACUCGUGCCAUCCGCUCAGAGACUUCUGCCAACAUCAUUACCCUGGGAAUGCAGGAGGCUACUGACAAGACCGCUAUUGAGCAUGUCUUCAACGUCCUCACAAAGACCGGACCAGACUCGACAUCGAAUUUCAAGGACGACAAGGAGUUCAUCAUGAAGGGCGAGGAUCUGUUGGUACCUAAGGUGGUCGACGACGAGGAACUGAACGUACGACUUCACCAGGAGUCGCAAGAAUCGGUCGUGUAUCAGCAACCAUUCGCUCAAUCUGACCGUCGACUGAAGAUGGUCAUUGCAACACUCGGCUCUCUCGACUCAUUCUACUUCGUAGAUGACGAGCCCAAGCCACUUGGCGAGAACGAGGUUGAGAUUGAAGUCAAGGCUACCGGUAUGAACUUCAAAGAUGUCGUUGUCUCCAUGGGACAACUCAACCAGCCUUACAUCGGGGUCGAAUGUGCAGGUAUCAUCGCGGCUGUCGGUAAGAAUGUGACGGAUGUCAAGAUCGGACAAUCUGUCAUGGCCAUGACAGAGGGUGCAUACAGUACAUAUGCUCGCUGUCUAUCGACCAGUGUGGCACCUCUGCCGGAGAAGAUGGACUUCACUGCUGCUUCCACCAUUCCUGUCGUCUUCUGCACUGCUUACUAUGGCCUCUUCGAUCUUGGGCGUCUCACCGAGGGCGAGAGCGUUCUCAUCCAUGCUGCUGCUGGUGGUGUCGGUCAAGCUGCCAUCAUGUUGGCCCAGACUUGUGGAGCUGAGAUCUUCGCCACUGUCGGAAGUCUCGACAAGAAACAGCACAUCAUGAAGGAGUAUGGUAUUCCUGAAGACCACAUCUUCUACAGUCGUGACACUUCCUUCGGCCCCGCCAUCCGCGAGGUCACUGGUGGACAAGGUGUCGAUGUUGUGCUCAACUCCCUUGGAGGUGACUUCUUGCGUGAGAGUUGGGACUGCUUGGCUCCUUUCGGUCGCUUCAUCGAGAUCGGCAAGGCUGAUAUCACCAAGAACAGCAGAUUGGAGAUGGCUCAAUUCGAGUACAACGUUUCGUUCGCGUCCGUUGACUUAACCAAGGUGGCUGCCUUCCGUCCCAAGCUCAUGAAGAGACUCUUGAAUGAUGUGGAGAAGCUCAUGAGCAGCGGAAGUAUCAAGCCAGUUGGUCCGAUCACAAGCUACGGUAUCAAUGACGUUGAAGCUGCUUUCCGUAGUCUCCAGAGCGGCAAGAGCAUGGGCAAGCUGGUCAUCACUCCUCAGCCCGGAGAUCUUGUUCAAGCCAUCUCACCCAAGAAGACAGCAAGCUUGUUCAAGGAAGACGCUUCAUAUCUCAUUAUCGGAGGUACAGGUGGUCUUGGUUGCAGCAUCGCCAGAUGGAUGGCAUCUCGUGGUGCCAAACGUAUCUGCUUAUCAUCAAGAAGAGCAAACAUCACACCCAGACUGGAAGAGCUCAUUGGCGAUCUUGCCAAAGCAGGAACGAAGGUGACUGUUCGCGCCUGCGAUGUUGCCAAUGCCGACUCGGUCCAAGCUCUUACUUCUGAGCUUGCGAAAGAAGGACCAAUCCGCGGCGUCAUCCAGGGUGCUAUGGUGCUCAAGGAUAUUCUGUAUGAACAGAUGACGACUGAUGACUUCAAUGCAGUCGUCAAUCCCAAGGUCGCUGGUACUCUCAAUUUGCACAACAGCCUUGGCACGUCAGAGCUCGACUUCUUCAUUGCUUUGUCUUCUGUUGCUGGUAUUGUUGGUAACCGUGGGCAAGCCGCGUACGCAGCCGCCAACGUCUUCUUGGACACUUUCAUGGCCCACCGCAAUGCAAAGGGGUUGCCUGGCACAUCUCUUGACCUUACUGCGGUUUCGGACGUCGGUUACCUAGCCGACAAUAGCGAAAGGGCGGCUGAUGUCUUGCGCAACCUUGGUGGCGAGACGAUUGAGGAGAGCGAGAUUCUUGGUUUGCUCACUGCUGCUGUUACAGGCAAAAUUACUGCAAGCAACAACCAUGUCAUCACUGGACUCAAGAUCAACCCUGGCUCGGAGCCUUUCUGGUGCCAUGAUGCUAAGUUUAGCAACUUGCUCGCUGCGGCGGCAUCGCAGACUUCUGAGGGUGGUAGCGCCAACGUACCUUUGCCCCAAGCAUUGAAGACCGCUAGUGACAAAGAGAGGGCACUGGAACUCCUGUACGCUGCUCUUGUGACAAAGUUAGCAGCUGUCUUGAUGUUGUCAGUCGAGGAGAUGGAGCCUUCCGCCGCGGUCGCAUCGUACAGUUUAGACUCACUUGCGGCCAUUGAGGUUCGCAACUGGAUUGCAAGAGAGGCAGAUGCAAAUGUCCAGGUCCUGGAGUUGCUUACCAGCCCCAGUUUGAUGGAGCUUGCAAAGUUGAUAUUGAAGAAGAGUAAAUUGGUUGCUUUUGAGUAG